AUUGCAUAAAUUUUCGAACUAUUAACAACGACUGCGAUCUUACGAUGCAUUCGAUUCAAAUUCAUGAAGUGAUCGGUUCGAUAAUUUCUCUGUUAUAUCUUAUUGGUGUUUGGCAUCGCGGAGAUGAACCUACGGUCAACGAAAUGAGACUUAAGUUCACUUAUUGCAUUCAUUACGUACUGUUCUCUAUAUCAACUGUUGUUGGAGCAAUUACAAAUGAUAGGAACGAUAUGUCCAUCUUCUUAGCACAAGUUGCAAUAGCCCAUGCCGUUUUGGGAAUAAAAUGUUGGCUUUUAAUUUGGAAGCAACACAAAAUUCUUGAUUUGUUGAAUCGAGUCUGUGUCUUUACGGUUCGAAAUGAAGAUGACUACAGUAGUUUCAACGAAAAACUUAAAGGAUUCAUGAAAUUUGUGCUUGUGUUUCUAAUUACUGUAGCUGUUAUUGGCUUUUCAGGCUCGAUAACUUUAUCGCUCCUUGGAACUGAGAAAUCUUUAUUUGUGAAAAUUGCAUUUCCUUUGGAUUAUAGAAACAAUGGCUUUGCCUUCUGGAUCGCAACUAUUUUCAUUUUCACUGCGUUUUUGUUAGGGACAAUCGGAAUUUUUUUCUCCAUAAUAAUUUGGUAUCUACUUUUGGUCUGUUCUCUGAGAUAUGAAGGGCUCGGAAGUGGGUUAAGGAAUAUGGGAAGACGCAGUGAACACAGAAAGGGCAAGAAUGGCUACGACGAUUUCCGCGAAGAUCUGAAAACGUCGGUCAACUCUCACAUACAAAUAAUGGAAUUAACUGACGAGUUGGAGUCUUUUUUCACAAACCUAUUUUUCAUUCAGUUCAGCACCAGCGGCUUAUGUAUCUGCGGAUCGAUUUAUUGUCUAGCAUCUAACAUCGGGGAUACUGUAUUGGAGCACAUCAUAUAUCUCUUGAUAUGCUUUUACUGUACUGCUGAACUAUUUAUGAUUACAUACAUGGGGAAUGAGAUUAUGCUGUCGAGCAAUCGCCUUUCAUACAGUCUAUUUCAGUCGGACUGGUACAAUCAACCACCAUCAACCAGGAAGAAAAUCGUCAUUUUUGGUGAAUAUUUGAAGCAACCGAAAAAACUGUUGGUUGGCAAAUUGUACUCGCUUACUUUGGAAACGUUUACGAGGAUUUUGAACUCAGCCUACAGCAUGUUCAACAUUCUCCAAAGAUUUCAGCAAUAA